AUUUGGGUUUGACUCAUAGCUGAAACAACAAGAAGCGCACCGUCUCACCGUAGCGAAGCAGAUCUCACUGCUCUUUCACUGUAAACCGAGCAAUUAAGCAGCAGAAUUCCUCGUCCGAUGACUGUGUUCAACAUGGACGCAAUUACCACCUGCACUGUUGAUUUCUGCCAUCUCCCUCGGAUUCUUCUGCUGCGUGAAGGUUGCCGAUGCCGUCUACUUCACCCGUCCAUGGUAUUCUCCAUCUCCCUUGCUGUGACUUGGACUCCACGCCUUGUCCCCAUUAGCAGUACGCCUCUCUUCCUUUCAUAUACUGCACCACUCGCUCCUCCUUCCUUCCUCGUCCUCUCACCACCAUGGCAGCUAUCGGCAUCGACCAGAGCAGCUUUUAGCGUCUGCCAUCGCCGAUGUUUCAGAACCAGAUGACCUGCAAUGGGAUGCCGCCGCUCUUCCCAGCGAACCUGUUGCUGCAGAUUCCCCACGACGAGACCAGUCCUCCGGGAUUCGGAGGCGAGAGGCCUUACCUGGCGAGCUACCCCCAGGACCUGACACUGGGACUUCUGUCGAACGACUGCGUGGGUGCUGCAAGCGUGGAGACCCUUCUGGGGAAACGAUCCGUGUCCUUCUCGAGGAUGGAGGCCUGCGAGGAGUUGAACAUCGAGGAGGACCUCUCCGACGACGGAUCGCAGCCGGCAGGCGAGAAGAAGAAGAGGCUGAACCUGGAGCAGGUCAGGGUACUGGAGAAGAACUUCGAGAUCGGGAAUAAGCUGGAGCCGGGGAGGAAGAUGGAGUUGGCCAGGGCUCUCGGGCUGCAGCCGAGGCAGGUGGCCAUAUGGUUCCAGAACAGGAGGGCGAGGUGGAAGACGAAGCAGCUGGAGAAGGACUACGAUGUGCUCAAGAGACAGCUCGAAGCCAUGAAGACGGAGAACGAAGCCCUGCAAGCCCAGAACAAGAAGCUUCUCUCCGAGGUUUUGGCUCUCAAAGGCAAGGAGACCUCAGAGCCCAUCAAUCUCAACAAGGAAACAGAGGGCUCCUGCAGCUUCAGGAGCGACAACAGCUCCGACAUCAAUCUGGAUCUCUCAACAUCGGAUCCCCACAAGAGCAGAGUCUUCUUCCCAUCUUAUAGGCCGCCCCCAGCUAAGACAGAGACACCCAAGGAAGAACACAGCAGCAUCCAGGAAGAGAGCUUCUGCACCAUGUUCUGCAGCACAGACGAUCAAUCCGCCUUCUGGGCAUGGAAGAGCAGACUGUAUGCACAAGGACGUACGCGCGCUGGUGCACGAAGAAGAAAGCUGCCAGUUUGGGCUGGAAAGAGGAAGGGAGUUGCUACGACAAUAAGUAAUUCUCAUUGGUGAGUGAUGUUAUGUAUCUUCUGUGAGUCAAUCUGUGUGUUUACUUUUCCCAUAACUUGAGAGGUGUGGCAUACCGUACAAGAAUUGGAACAUAGGUUUCAUUAGGCUGUUCAUAGAUGUUUGCUGAACCAUGAAAUAAUGGGUUUCUUUUCUCC